AUGACUAACAUUUUCAAAAAAACAAUUUCCAAAUACAUACAGACAGUUGGCCCCAGAAAUGAAGUCGACGAUAUUUUCCUCCCAGCUUUGGCGUACCAAAGCAUUUUCGGACAGCAAGUAUUGGACCCAAGAUGGUCUUGGAGAAAGCAUUAUAUCCAUCAACUAUUAAAUUUAUUCCUUUUCAUUUACGUUUUUCUUGGGACCUUGGAAUGCCUAAAAACAAGUGACGAUAAAGAUCUGCAAGCAGAGGCAUACUACACCAUUAUCAUGAUAAUAAUAUUCCCGGUCAAAAUGGCAUUGUUCAUAAAAAGUAGAUUCACAUUCCGCGCUCUCUACGCAACUGUAAAGAACAUUCUUAUAGACGUAAUACGAAGAAACCCCACUGCGGAUAUCAAAAGGGUACUUCAGACUGGAAAUAGAAUUGUAUUCUCCUUAUUUUGUAUGGUAAUAGUACCAGUUUCGAUUUACGAACUAACAACUUUGUGGAAUUAUAUAGCUGGGACGCGAAUCCUUCUCUCCAGAUCCACAAUGACUUUGAUGCCAAUGUCCAGUCCGUAUUAUGAGAUAGCUUGGUUCUUACAUACGAUAUUCCUGCUUGAAAUAAGCAGCACUAUUAUAUUGGAUAUGUGGUUUGUUGCGUUGAUAUAUUUUUUAUUUGCGGCGUAUCAGGGGUUAGUGAGUAUUUUAAAAAUUGAAAUAAAUAUGAGAAGCGACGAAUACGCUGAAACAUUAACAAAAGCAUUACGUGAAUUUUAUUAUACUCAUCUUGAAUUAAACAAGUACUUAUUGUCGUUGAUCAAAAUGUAUAAGGUUUCUGCAUUUAUACCACUGUGCAAUGCUGCUAUGUGUAUCUGUCUCAAUCUAUUACUAAUGAGCAAGGAAAUAAACUGGCGAUUCGCGCCCCAUAUGCUUCCAAUGUUCGCCGAGAUUUUCGCUUACAAUUGGUUUGGGGAACAGAUUAAAACUAAGAUGAACGAAGUAAAAUUGGCACUACUUGACUAUGAAUGGACCAGCUUAAAACCGAAAGAUAGGAAAGCGUACUUGGCUAUCAUCAUUUUUAUGACAAAGGAGUUCGGCUUAAAAACCAUAAGUGGAAAAGAUUUGUCGUUAAUUACAAUGACCGCUGUUUUGAAGAUAACAUACCAAACGUUUACUGUUCUUCAGACAAUUGACGCUUAA